AUGGUCUUCGAGACUCCACGAACGUUGGGAUUCGGCGGAAGCUGUGCCUCCUUCACUAACCUCGACCUUCGUCAAGCCGGGCCGGGUUCAGCAACAGGCCUUGACGUCUUCGCAUCCGGCUACCGAAACCGCAGCCCGCUGCAGCAUCAAGAAUGGCGUGCCGACUUAACGAGGCAACAAUGCAUUGCUGUUGGCAUCUGCCAGUGCGGCACUCGACUUGAUCCUGGCUGUACAGCGGCACACAGCUGGGGCCAGCUUUCUCCAACAGACGAAUGGCGAGCAUGCGGAUACAACACCGCAUCUGCAACUCCGUUUUACCGGUCCUAUGGCAGGGCACCUACACAUGACCACAUCAAGGACCAGCCUGGUUGGGUGCCGACGGUUCAGCCCUCAACACCAUGA